AUGUUAAAAUUUGUUAGAUCUGCUAAUUUAUUUAAAUAUUUUGGUCAACAAUCGAGGGGUGUUACUACUUCUUUGGUUAAAUUAUGUCGUUACAAUGAAAAUUUCAGUUCAUCUAAAUAUGUGAAAUAUAGUUCGAGUAUGUCUAUGAUGAAUGAAACAAAUUCUGGUACCCAAACAGAAGCAAUUAAAGCUAAUUUUGUUCUAGAAAAAUUACAGUUUGGAGCGAAUUUUACUAUGAAUAUUAGCUUACAGCAAGGAAUUUCUGGCAGAAGAACAAUUAAAAUAACAAAAAUAUUUAGAACGGCAAAAACUGAAUGGAGGUGGAAAUUUAUAAAUUUACCUAAAUUACCUGUGCCAGAAGAGGCUUAUAAAUUUGUUAGAAUUCUUGAUGAAAUUAUUGUUGCUUGUGAUGGCAAAAAAUUUAGUGAUCAUUUAAGUGAGUUUAAAUUUAAGAAUUUUUUUGGACAGAAUAUUCAUUUUUCUGGUAAAUUAAAAUUUAUUUUUAUUCGAUAUUGGGGAUAUUAUACAAAUUUUUUAAAUUAG